UUGGCAACGCUUUGCGUUUGAGACGUUCAGGAUCAUCGUGAUUUCUGCUGCUCAUCGUCAGCAUCGUGCCCUCUUCACCAGCUAUAGCAUCCAUUAAGGUUCACUGUUCUCUCGCCUCGGCUAUUUUGACCCUGAUUUACGUUUUUACACAAGUAUGCUGUUGAUGAGAAGUCGCGAAGGUCUUUCUGGGAGUACGGACGCCGAGGUCCCCAUUUCCCUCCUGUUCUUUCAAGCGUGACUGGAAGGCAGCGGAACGGCGAUGUAUGAGUGUACCAGGAGACAAUCGCCAAUGUUCUGGCUGAAGCUAGCAAGCUAAGGCCUUUUACGUGGACGGGAAGAAAUGCCGGAGCUGUCCAGGACGAUUCUUCCAGGCAUCAAGCCUCUUGGCGGCGUCGUAACCUCCCGACUGUGAACAGCAUCCGCCUUUAUUUGUGUUUUCUCCAUGAAGAUGCUGAUGGAGGAGCGUGUCUGACCAGGACUAGCUAGCUGGACGCUCACUCCGAAAGGGCCAUGAUACUGAGAGAAUGAUAAUGCUGGAAAAACAGAGCUCGACACAGGAGAUUGGAGAGGAAACUGAAGAGGACGCCGUCUUCACUAUCACACUGAGGAAGGUGCAACUUCACCAGUCUGCCAACAAGGGGCAGCGCUGGUUGGGUGUGGAGACGGACUCUGCUCUAAACCUCUAUGAAACCUGCAAGGUGCGAACCAUCAAGGCGGGCACACUGGAGAGGCUGGUGGAGUAUAUGUUAUCCGCAUUCAGGGGCAAAGACUCCACAUACGUCACUAUCUUCCUGUGUACCUACCGCACCUUUGCGACUACUAGACAGGUGCUGGACCUCCUCCUCCACAGAUAUGCCAAACUUCCAAACGUGCCUGCUGGCCCUGCACUCAAAGCAUCCCAGGACAACUGCAUAGAGCUUAGAAAUACCAUUUCAUCCAUCCUGGGUGCAUGGCUAGAUCAGUACUCAGAGGACUUCUGGACCCCUCCAAACCAUGAAUGUCUACACCAGCUCCUCUCCUACCUGCACCUCCACUUUCCUGGCUCAGACUUGGAGCGCCGUGCUUGUAAUCUGCUGGCCCACUUCCAGCGUCGACAGCAGUCUGAGCCUGACUCUAAUGGGGAGCACAUGGGCUGCCCUUUUGCCACGCAGGAAGAGAGUGGUUUUGAGGACGAGCUUCCUGUCUUCAGCUUCAUGUCCUUUGACCCCAUCAUGGUGGCAGAGCAGUUCACUCUCAUGGAUGCUGACCUCUUUAAAAAGGUGGUGCCCUAUCACUGCCUUGGUGCGAUCUGGUCUCAGCGGGAUAAGAAGGGGAAGGAGCAUCUGGCUCCCACCAUCAGAGCCACUGUGGCCCAGUUCAACUCUGUUACAAACUGUGCAAUUGCCACUUGCCUGAACAACCCUUCACUGAAGGCCAGCCAGAGGGCCAGGCUGCUGGAGCGGUGGAUUGAUGUGGCACGAGAGUGCCGCAUCUUGAAGAAUUUCUCCUCCUUACGGGCCAUCCUCUCUGCCCUGCAGUGCAAUGCCAUCCACAGACUGAAGAGAACCUGGGAGGAGGUAUCAAGGGAGAGUUUUCGAACUUUUCGCGAGCUCUCAGAAAUCUUCUCCGAUGACAACAACUAUUCUAUCAGCCGGGAGCUGCUGGUAAAGGAAGGAACUUCAAAAUUUGCAACUUUAGAAAUCAACCCCAAACGAGCACAGCGGAGACACCAGCAGCAGAGAGACCUGGGUGUGAUGCAGGGGACCAUUCCUUAUUUGGGGACCUUCUUGACGGACCUGGUAAUGAUGGACACAGCCAUGAAGGAUUACACAGAGGGUGGCCUCAUCAACUUUGAGAAGAGAAGAAAAGAAUUUGAGGUGAUUGCUCAGAUCAAACUGCUUCAGCUGGCUUCCAACAACUACAGCUUCACUCAGGACAGCCACUUCAGGGAGUGGUUCGCCAGUGCAGAAAAGCUCACUGAGGCAGAUAGCUACACUCUGUCUUGUGAAAUCGAGCCUUUGUCGGAGUCGGCCUGCAAUACACUGAGAGGCAAGAAGAAUGGAGGAAUCAUGAAGCGCUGGAGCGACCGGCAACUAACAGAGGCUAGCUGUAGCAGCACCAGCUCUCACUCCAAGUCUUUUGACCACUCACACUACAGGCCGCAUCAGGGAGGGGACAGCGGCGAUGCGCUCAGCGUCACCUCAGUCAGCUCCAGUGGCUCAGACCUGGAGGACGUGAACAGCAGCUUUCUGUCAGACUCACCAGAGGGACAUGAGAGAAAGACAUCGACUCCGUCAGUGAAACUGACCAUCUCUGUUUUUGGAAAAGACGCACAUGCAUCAGAUGCAACUUCCACGUUUUGGGAGUGCACCUCUCUGUCCUCCCUGGACACCUCCGGGAUUUCUUCCAGCUCUGGUUCUGGGUCGGGAUCCAGUAGCACCUCGUCCUCUUCUGUGUCAUCCUCCACACCACUAUCAGCCUCCCGUUCCCACAAACGUUCAGUUUCAGCUGCAUCAACCUACUCAACCUUGUCUCUGCCACUGUACAACCAGCAGGUGGACGACUGCUGCAUUAUCAGGGUCAGCCUUGAUGUGGAAAACGGAAACAUGUACAAGAGCAUCCUGGUAACAAGUCAGGACAAAACUCCGGCAAUCAUCAGAAAGGCCAUGAUCAAACACAAUCUGGAGAGGGAGAAGGCUGAGGACUAUGAGUUGAUGCAAAAGAUCUCUGAUGACAAAGAGCUUCGGAUUCCAGAAAAUGCUAACGUCUUCUACGCAAUGAACUCCACUGCCAACUAUGACUUUGUGCUCAAGAAGCGUGGCCCAAAUCGGCCCCUGCGAGCCAAAAACGUGUCCAGUUCCACACUGCCUCGCAUGAAACAGAAGGGGCUGAAAAUUGCUAAAGGAAUUUUCUGAGGGCAUUGUUACUGCUACACCCCACCACAGAAGAUAACAUUUUUGGAGAGAAAAGCGUAUCUAAGCCUGACUUAUUGUGGGUGAAGGAGCAGUUCUUCUGCACCAACUGAAGACUCUUUACACAUCGAGCUGGUCUCCAUGGCAACAAAACUACACUCAUGGAAAAAAAAAUUCUAAGUUGGGUACUGCUUGAACGAAGCGCUAUUUUUAAGAAAGCAUCUGACUUUCUGUUUCAUGGCAUUUUGUUUACAUAUUAACAUCACCUGAUCAUCUCCCCUUCCCCACUGGGGAUCACUGCAGCUUCCCGGAGCACUUCCAAGCAAAGGUCUUCUCCAAAAAUUGUCUCCUUUGGCUCCACUCUCACACUGAAAGUAUGUGAAGGGUGCAACAGGAGUCAAGUGUAACACGUAAAACGUUGGACCGACAACUUUGAGACAGCUGAAAAACAGAAACUGUAAAUAUCCACAUUUGUGCAGUCUAUGUGGACCAUGUGACAUUGGCUUUUGUCUACACUUCAGCCAAUAGUUUUAUCUUAUAAGGAGCUCCAUCUCCCCCUUUUCUUCUUACUUUUUCUUUUCUUUAUUCUAUUCCAAGCUGUGAGCUGCCGUUUUGCAACAAAUUCUAUCAUAAUUUGUGUCUUUCAGCAGAGAGAUCUUGGAAAGAAGAUUUGCUUAGAAAGGAGAUUAUAUUAUGUUAUUCUUUUUUUCAAGCUUAAUUAGUGACUUAAUCAGUAUUGGAUUUGUUGGAAACGUAGUUUGAAAUUAUUCCUGAUCAAAAAAAUUUAAAAAUGAUUUAAACCACAAGAAGUCAUAAAAUAAAAUGUCAAAUAAACACUUCAGAUUUUACAGCUGAAACAUUUACGAAAAUGACGAGUCUUCUUUUAUUUUAAUAUAAAAACAAGAAAGUUUCUAGAAAACCAUUUAAAAACAAAAUAUCAUAAAUAUUUAGAGACCCUGUUUAACUAACCAGUCAUUAAAUCUUAACUUUUAUAACAUUUUCCAUUUUAUUCUAAUCAUUUAAUAUGUAUCUAAUGUCCUUCUCAUUAAAUGAACAUACAUCAUCAGCUUCCUAAAGCAGCAAUUUGUAUGACUGUCUUCUUGUUGGAGAAAAUGUGAUGCAAAUUGAUGGGAAGAGGUGGAUGAUGAGCGCUUGUUGAUGAGCCCUUGUGACGGGCAUUCCAGAAGAGCAUCAGUCACCUGUGAUGCCAAAUGGCAAAUGAUGCCCUUGGUUAUGGUGGGGGUGGAUCAGGGACGAGUCUCAGCGGUAGGCUUAUGUGAUGAGAGACACCUGUGAUUGCUGCAUAAACAUUAAGCAUUUGUUUGGGACAGGCACUUUUGAUGAGCAUUACACAAUUUUGACCGGUCCUAGUGGCAUGUGUCUGGUAAGGAAGUUUAUGAUGGGUUUUUUUGGUGGGCUGUCUGAAACAGUCAUGAUGGACCAGAGGCUUUCGUCAUCUAUCCACAGAGAACAUUACAUCUUUCUUACUGAUACCCCCCAUGCCAAAAACUUCAGAUUGAAAUAGCUUUUAGCUACUCAUGCUGUGUUUUCUGGCCCUUUGUUGAACACUGUGACCCCCAGCCCCUUCCUUUUCUGAAAAGUUAUCUAUCAUUCACUGUGGACUAAAUGUCACUUCUUGUUCUGAACACCUCAGUCUGUCUGUGAAGUAGAAAUGCUUCAUUUGUCAUUAGCCACAGGCCUGGGACAAAAGAGAACAAAAAAUGCUUGGCGUUCCUAUGGGGUGUGUUCUUAUUGUUGUAUUUUCUGGAAAUGACAUGUGGGCAUUAUAAAGGAAAUAUUUUCCCAUCUGCAGAUGAAGCUAAAAUGCUAAAGUUAAAUUCAGCCAAAACUUGUUCUUCAGUGCUCCAACCACACAUAUCAGCUGAGUUUUUUUUCAUGCUCGCCAUUUUUCAGUUCAGCCAUCAUUUCAUGUAUGCGUCAUAUUUUCGGUCUUCUCUCAUGUCAGGAGUCACUUCUUUUCAUUAGGACCUUAAAUUCCUUAUUAAGGGCAGUUCAAAGACUCAUCUCUAAGUUGGCUGAGAAACACUGCAGCUUGUCUAUUUGAAAUUUAAAUGUGAUAUUAUUUAAUGUGACUAACCAACUGAUGUGUUCCUAACAGAUACCCACCCUUACAGUAUCUCCUGGAGCUUCAUCUCAGAGAUUGUCACCCUGGGAAGGGGGGGGGGGGACUAAAUUCUGUGUGUGUGUGACUUUUUUAAUAUGACAUACAGCUUUCUGGACUCGGUUGUGUACCAUGCCAGUCAUUCUUCGAGGGAUUACACCUCUUUCAGAUUUUUUUUUCCAGACAACAUCACAGCGAACAGCUCUGUGGAAAAACUGUAAAGGCCGUAUAUUUAUUGAUUUUUGCAAAAAAAUGUUUUUUUUGUUGUUUUUUUUUUGCAUUGUACAUUAUCUUAUCUUUUGGUUAUAAAUUAAUAUAUUCAUGUACAUAUGAAUAAACAUCAAAUUUAUUUAAAAA